GCCCCCAUGGCAGGCAGGGCGGGUGGGAGGAGGGUGAUUUACAAGGCAGAUGGGCCUCUGGCUACAGCUCAGUCCUGCACUCAGCCAGGGCCACCCCAGGGGCUAUAAGAGCAACUAGAUUUCUGGAGCAGCUCGGGGAUGGGUGCCAUUUGAGCCCAGCUUGGCUCUCCCUCCUGGCUGGCCUCCUUCCUGCCCUUCUUCUGCCUGCCUGUGUCUGCCGAGAUUCUCCAAAGAGGAACGCUUGGCACCAUGUCUCUGCUCAACCCUGUCCUGCUGCCCCCCAAGGUGAAGGCCUAUCUGAGCCAAGGGGAGCGCUUCAUCAAAUGGGAUGAUGAAACUACAGUUGCCUCUCCAGUUAUCCUCCGUGUGGAUCCUAAGGGCUACUACUUGUACUGGACGUAUCAAAGUAAGGAGAUGGAGUUUCUGGAUAUCACCAGCAUCCGGGAUACUCGCUUUGGGAAGUUUGCCAAGAUGCCCAAGAGCCAGAAGCUCCGGGACGUCUUCAACAUGGACUUUCCUGACAACAGUUUCCUGCUGAAGACACUCACGGUGGUGUCCGGCCCGGACAUGGUGGACCUCACCUUCCACAACUUCGUCUCCUACAAGGAGAAUGUGGGCAAGGUCUGGGCUGAGGACGUACUGGCCCUAGUCAAACAUCCGCUGACGGCCAACGCCUCCCGCAGCACCUUCCUGGACAAGAUCCUUGUGAAGCUCAAGAUGCAGCUCAACUCUGAAGGGAAGAUUCCGGUGAAGAACUUUUUCCAGAUGUUUCCUGCUGACCGCAAGCGGGUGGAAGCUGCUCUCAGUGCCUGCCACCUCCCCAAAGGCAAAAAUGACGCCAUCAAUCCUGAGGACUUCCCAGAACCUGUCUACAAGAGUUUCCUCAUGAGCCUCUGUCCUCGGCCAGAAAUAGAUGAGAUCUUCACUUCUUACCAUGCUAAGGCCAAACCCUACAUGACGAAGGAGCACCUGACCAAAUUCAUCAACCAGAAACAGCGGGACUCCCGGCUUAACUCCCUGCUGUUCCCGCCAGCACGGCCUGACCAGGUGCAGGGCCUCAUCGACAAGUAUGAGCCCAGUGGCAUCAAUGCACAGAGGGGCCAGCUGUCACCUGAAGGCAUGGUCUGGUUUCUCUGUGGGCCAGAGAACAGCGUGCUGGCCCAGGACAAGCUGCUGCUCCACCACGACAUGACGCAGCCACUCAAUCAUUACUUCAUCAACUCGUCCCACAACACCUACCUGACAGCCGGCCAGUUCUCAGGCCUCUCCUCGGCUGAGAUGUACCGCCAGGUGCUGCUCUCUGGCUGCCGUUGCGUGGAGCUAGACUGCUGGAAGGGGAAACCCCCUGACGAGGAGCCCAUUAUCACCCACGGCUUCACCAUGACCACAGACAUCUUCUUCAAAGAAGCAAUUGAGGCUAUUGCAGAAAGUGCCUUUAAGACCUCCCCCUAUCCCAUCAUCCUGUCGUUUGAGAACCAUGUGGACUCACCCCGCCAGCAGGCUAAGAUGGCUGAGUAUUGCCGGACGAUCUUUGGGGAUAUGCUGCUCACAGAGCCCCUGGAAAAGUUCCCACUAAAACCAGGUGUCCCCCUGCCCAGCCCUGAGGAUCUCAGGGGCAAGAUCCUCAUCAAGAACAAGAAGAACCAGUUUUCUGGCUCCACCUCCUCCAGUAAGGAUACUGGUGGGGAGGCUGAGGGCAGCAGCCCACCUAGUGCCCCUGCAGGUGAGGGCACAGUGUGGGCUGGCGAGGAAGGGACUGAGCUGGAGGAGGAGGAGGUGGAAGAGGAAGAAGAGGAGGAGUCAGGAAACCUGGAUGAAGAAGAGAUUAAGAAGAUGCAGUCGGAUGAGGGCACAGCGGGCCUGGAAGUGACGGCUUAUGAGGAGAUGUCCAGCCUAGUCAAUUACAUCCAGCCCACCAAGUUCAUCUCCUUUGAGUUCUCUGCCCAAAAGAACCGAAGUUAUGUCAUCUCGUCCUUCACAGAGCUCAAGGCAUUUGACCUGCUCUCCAAGGCCUCGGUGCAGUUUGUGGACUACAACAAGCGCCAGAUGAGCCGCAUUUACCCCAAGGGAACCCGCAUGGACUCCUCCAACUACAUGCCCCAGAUGUUCUGGAAUGCUGGAUGCCAGAUGGUUGCCCUCAACUUCCAGACGAUGGACUUGCCCAUGCAGCAGAACAUGGCAGUGUUUGAGUUCAACGGGCAGAGUGGCUACCUCCUCAAGCAUGAGUUCAUGCGCCGGCCGGACAAGCAGUUCAACCCCUUCUCAGUGGACCGCAUCGACGUGGUGGUGGCCACCACCCUUUCCAUUACGGUGAUCUCUGGGCAGUUCCUGUCAGAACGCAGCGUGCGCACCUAUGUGGAAGUGGAGCUGUUUGGCCUUCCUGGGGACCCCAAGAGGCGCUAUCGAACUAAGCUGUCACCCAGUACCAACUCCAUCAAUCCUGUCUGGAAGGAGGAACCCUUUGUCUUUGAGAAGAUCUUGAUGCCUGAGCUGGCCUCCCUCAGAGUGGCUGUGAUGGAGGAAGGCAACAAGUUUCUUGGACACCGCAUCAUCCCCAUCAAUGCCCUAAAUUCUGGGUACCACCACCUGUGCCUGCACAGUGAGAGCAACAUGCCCCUCACCAUGCCUGCGCUCUUCAUCUUCCUGGAGAUGAAGGACUACAUACCUGGUGCUUGGGCAGAUCUCACUGUGGCCCUCGCCAACCCCAUUAAGUUCUUCAGUGCCCAUGACACGAAGUCUGUGAAGCUCAAGGAGGCCAUGGGAGGUCUGCCUGAGGUCUGUGUUGCCUGCACUGCUGCCAGGCGCUCACCAGAGAUCAGCCCUAUCUAUGGGAGAGGCUGGGGAGAGGGCCGAGUCAUAGGCUCGGGGAGAGAGGGCUGUCAAGCCACCUUCCUGACCUGCUCUCCCUACACAGAAGCCCUUCCCACUGGCGAGUCCAGUUGCCAGCCAGGUCAAUGGGGCGUUGGCCCCAACGAGCAAUGGGUCACCAGGUAUGAGCUUCGGUCCGCACACCUACUGGGGGCACCUCCACGUCUGCACCCACAGGCACUUCCCUUUAAAAAAUUUCACCUAGGGAAAGUGCGGGGCAGGGGGCACAUACUGCGACUCCCAGGGGGCGGUGUGGAGGAGGCGAACGGAGCCAAGGGGCCCCCCAGAGCACCUGCCAGCCCAGCCCGUGGCUCUUGCAGCAGCCAGGGCCGGGGCCAGGGAAGAGGCUAUGAAAGAAGCUGCGGAGCCGCGGACCGCCAGCCUGGAGGAGCUCCGGGAGCUAAAGGGCGUGGUGAAGCUGCAGCGGCGGCACGAGAAGGAGCUGCGAGAGUUGGAGCGGCGCGGAGCGCGGCGCUGGGAGGAGCUGCUGCAGCGGGGCGCGGCGCAGCUGGCGGAGCUCCAGCCACCGGGCGUGGGGGGCGUCGGGGCCUGCAAGCUCGGUCCCGGCAAGGGCUCUCGCAAGAAGAGCAAAUCUCCAAAAUGAUGGAGCUGGCCAGAGAGAAACAGGCGGCAGAGCUGAAGGCCCUGAAGGAGACGUCGGAGAACGACACCAAAGAGAUGAAGAAAAAGCUGGAGACAAAGAGACUGGAGCGGAUCCAGGGCAUGACCAAAGUCACCACAGACAAGAUGGCCCAGGAGAGGUUGAAGAGAGAGAUUAACAAUUCCCACAUCCAGGAAGUAGUACAGGUGAUCAAGCAGAUGACGGAGAACUUGAAGAGGCACCAGGAGAAGCUGGAGGAGAAGCAGGCGGCUUGCCUGGAACAGAUACGGGAGAUGGAAAAGCAGGGAGCGAGGGUGGCAAGCGGGCCCCUCCUGAGCCAGGCAGGGGUCCUUGCUGUCUCCACAGUUCCAGAAGGAGGCGCUGGCAGAGUACGAGGCCAGGAUGAAGGGUCUGGAGGCAGAGGUGAAGGAGGUGGUGAGGGUCUACCUCAGGACCUGCUUUCCCUCUAAAGCCAAGGACAAGCCUGAGAGGGCCUGCGAGUGCCCCCCAGAGCUGUGUGAGCAGGACCCACUCAUAGCAAAGGCAGAUGCCCAGGAGAGCCGCCUCUGAUGCCCCCAUCCCACUGGGACAUUUAGCAAGGAGGUUCAGCCCCUUCUCUGGGAUGUGGUUCUGUUCCCCCAGGAAAAAGGAUCCCCAGCCUUCUGAGGCUGUGGGAACCUGUGGCUGCCUUGGACGCUGCAGCCCCCUCCUCAACGGCCAGGCCAGAGUCUGAGACAGGACCCAGGCACCCUCACGGCAGGGCCUCUCUGGGGCCUAGAAGUCUUCUCAAGCUGACUUCCUACCUCCCCCCCCCCCAUCUCUAGAGAAGUGUCAUAUAUUUGUUGAGGGCAAAAGACUAUGGACUGGAAGGCAGAAAGUGGGAUCCUGGCCCCACUCUGCCUUUCCUAUUGAGCAACCAGCUCUGGGCUCAGUUUCCUCACCUGGAGGGUUGGACCCACUCACCUCCACUCUAGCCCCGAACCCUCCUGCCCCAGGCUUCCAGGCCCCAUCAGGCCUGCCCUGAGUUGGCCUUGUCCACUCCUUGAGGCAGAGCCUGGCACUACCUCACAACUCCCUGGGGAUGGCCACUCCCUGGCUGAGGGCCCUCCCCUCCCCUCUGCCUGUCCAGAACAGGAGGCUGAAAUGGAAAAGCUGCCUUGGCCCUGCUUGGCUGAGUCACAAGGGGCAGUGGCCUCUUGGGUGCUGUUCCACCCUGAACCUGGCUCACCCCUCUUCCUAGGCCUGGGGGCAGGCAGUUCCUAGCAUGUACCCCUCUCAGGCUGCCUGCCUGACAAGGUCAGCAUCAUUUGCUCUCCUGAAUUUAUGAGGUUUAUUUAUUUUUCUCUUUCCUACUCCUAUUAAAGAACCUUGUCCCAGUG